GACCACGCCACCAGGCAAACGCACCAGCGCAGCAGGAAGGAGCCCCCCUUUCAGGAGCGGGGAGAAGGAAUCUAAAUUAGAGGACGACGCGCCUUCCAUCGCCUACGCCCAGAUGGCUGGUGGGCUUUAGAUGGUUGUAUUCGUUUGGCUUCUGGCAGUCCUCUUGGGUGUCCUCUUGGAGGGAUUCUUUUGGCCUGAUGGGCUGCGUUGUUGCUGUCCUGGGCCAGUCGUAGUUCGCGCGUGCGCCGAGGGGAGCCGGCCCGUGAAAACAACCGACAGUGUAGCAUAAGCAGACAGCAGGACAACACUAUUACGCUCCAGUGUGCAGCUGGCACGGUGGCGGAUGCCACACCGUCCUCAUCAGGAGCGACGGCUCCGCCGUUGCGUGUGGCAGUAGUGAAGAUUGUGCGACCUUCCCGCGCUGAAUGCGGGCCUGACCUACUCGCAAGCUUUCGCUGGUUUUUUCCACACCGUGCUGCUCAGGAGCGACGGCAUCGCCGCGACAUGUGGCCCGAAUGACAUCGGCCAGUGCGAUCUCCCAGCGUUGAUCGGUGGCCUGACUUAUACGCAGGUUGCCAUAGGGAUGUACCACACUGUCCUGCUCAGGAGCGACGGCGCAGCUGUGGCCUGUGGCAAUAAUAGUUUCGGUCAGUGCGACUGCCCUGCGUUGGUCGAGGGCUUCGUUUAUACAUUGGCCUUCGUCUUAUCUCGCCAUUAUGGUUGUCGAGUGGGUGAGUGGUAUCUUUGCACGAGGUUUCCUCGGCGGCUUUCCCCAUUCACAGUGCCCUGGGGCUUCCCAGGCCCGUCUGGACUUGCAGGAGGCGUGUGUUCGGCCUCAAGGGGCGGCCUAGGGCAUCUGGGGGACGCGACGGUUCAGCACAAAGACGUGGGAGAAAGAGAUGGGUGGGAGCUCGACCACAAGCAACCUUCCGCGUUUUCUUCGCCGACGUCGCAAAUGCAACGCCGACGUCGUCAGUGCAUCGCCGAUGUAUCAGCGAUGCGGCGAGAUCUUCUGAUCUUCUCUGUCCGGACCCCAUCUGGGAGGACUCUGAAGACGACUCGCACGAAUUGUUCUCUGGACUGAUUAUGCCGACAGCCUCUUGUGUCGGGCGCCUCCAGGACGAGGGCCGUUGUUAUAGCAGCCACAGUUUGAGCAGCCCUCGCCCAGCUGUCGAGCCUACUGCACCGAGUGCUCGCGUGGCCCCUUGUUCCCAGGGAUCCGAUCCUCUCCCUGGUGUUCCGAGGGGCCCGUGCCUUUCGAGCGGGGGCCUCUCAUUGCCUCGGGCAUGGGUCGGAGGCGGCAGAGAGGGGGGCGAUGACUGGGGGGGUGGAUGACGGUGCAUCUUCGGGGGACUUCGCCUGUCCCUCAAUUUGUUUUUUUUGUACCCGACUUGGGCUCGAUGCGGGCUCGGCGCGGAUUUGGCGUGAAUCCGACGCAGAUUGGACACGGUUUCGACACGGAUCCGACGAGUCCGAGACGGAUUCGACACGGAUUCGACGCGGAUAGGGCCGCGACGGGCUGCAAAAGAGGGUGGGUAUCAUGGCGGGGGCCAUGAUUUUUCCCCAGGUCUUGUGGCGCCUCUCCUUGUUUCAUUACGUCCCCGGCCCCCCCGCUGGGCUGCGCACGUGCCGCCGGCCAUGAUUUGCACCCCCCCGUCUUGGACACCUUCCUCUUGGCCGCCCCCGAAUGGAGGUGGAGGGAGAGGGGGGCCAUGCCAGGCCGACUCUGGAUCUCUUCAGGCUUUUGGUUUGACCUGAAGUACAGUACUUUCAGCCUCAGCAUUGGCUUUCGCUUUAGAAUCGGUCUCGGCUUGAGCUUCAGGCCUUCGCUUUGGCGUUGGCCUUGCCGAUCUUCCGCUGUCACUGGACUGCAUUCGGCUCAGCAGUUGUGCUACACUAUGAUACAGCACUUCAUAAUCGGCGUGGGUUUCUCUUGGCAUUUUAGGUAGCUUUAGUCUGUUGUGUAGGCUAUCUUGCCCACGGUCGCCGUGCAGAAGCAGUUGCACGGCCAACUCAGAGUGAAUCGUCUCCUAUUGCCACGUACUUGUAAGAUCCAGCAGCCGUUGCGGCACUCUGCGAUGAGCUGCACAUGCUCUCGGUUACGGCGACCGAGAGCGUCCAUGACAUGGGCUAUGGCAGCGAUCGAGAACAGCAGGCGGUGAACCCCCACCCUCCUCCAAACUCUCGCGGUGGUCGUGAA